AUGGCCACCAAGAUGAUUCAGGGCUGGGAAGAUAUGAAGUCCUUCAUGGUCCUCGAGUUCGGUGGUAUCAACGGGCAUAAGUUAACUCCAGCGAGUUGGAGUCGAGUAAUGGACGAGACGAAGCAAAUACUGGAGCGUGUUCCGGAGCUGGAACGUAACGCGUACACGACCGAAAUCGAAGCGAUUUCGAAGACACGCGGCGAACAAGUAGCCACGCUUCGUCGAUACCAACUCGCUGAGGACAUUGAAAGAACGUACCUUUCCACGACGGCCGUUGACAUUAUAACAUGGAUGGAUAAGAAACCACAAGGAGAUGCUGUCAAAGUCCUGACGCAGAACGGCUUCUUCCAAGAAUUUAGCUGUGCAAAAGUGAAGGCGUUGGAGAUGUGUUUCAAGCGGUCAGACGAUGCGUUCCUGUUCGAUACGCUUUCGGAAGGCUUUGGUGGUACCGAUAAGUUUGCGUCUCUCCUGUCGUCUGCAAAGCUGGGUCCCUUCACGCGUCAUGAAGCCGCGUCAUACCAACAUAGGCUGCUUGCAAGCUGGCAUGUGCAGGGUAGGACAGAAGGCGGUGGUCUGGUGGAUCUUCUGAAGCUGAAGACAAAUCCCCUGACGUAUGAAACCUUGGACACUUUGGUCGAAUACAUCGCACUAAAUGGAGGAAAAGAAAAGCUGACCCCAGAUCGGGCCUGUUCAAAAACGAUUUUGUAUCUCAGAACGUGGUUGGGUGACGGCGCAGUCGUAAGGGCUAUCAGGGACGGGAAAAUGGAUGUUAAAUCCGCCACGUGGCAUUUGCGUGAUAGGUACAAUGAUAAAGACAUCGCCUUGAUCAAUGAUGACGACGAAAGCUACAUGAACGAGUUCGAGAACGAGCUGAUGGCCCACUUUUUCAUCGACAAGCUGCAUCCUAGCGCGUUCCAAACGAACCCGUUCCAUCAUACAGAAGCGUAUAGCAACCAGUUCCAUGAAGAUUACACGGCGUUUUACAACAGGAACAAGGAACUCUGGGGACUUACCCGUCGCUAG